CAGCAGCAGCAGCAGCAGCAGCGCGGCGGCGGAGGAGCGCUGAGCCGCGGCCCCGCAGGGCGCGGAUGUUCGCGGGCUGCCCGCGCCGGGAGCUCUCGCUGCGCUGACGGGGCGGGCCCGGCGCCCCGCUCGCCGCAGCGCCCCGCGCCCGCCCCCGGGCUCCCCGCAGCGCCGCCGCUCCCGGCCGCGCUUCCGCCCGCGCCAUGGCGGGGAAGGCGGCCGCGGCCGGCGCCGGGGUGCUCCUGGUCACCGCCAACGUCGGGUCCCUCUUCGACGACCCAGAAAAUUUACAGAAGAAUUGGCUUCGGGAAUUUUAUCAGGUGGUCCAUGCACACAAGCCCCAUUUCAUGGCUUUACACUGUCAGGAAUUCGGAGGGAAAAACUAUGAAGCUUCAAUGUCUCAUGUGGACAAGUUCGUGAAAGAACUGUUAUCAAGUGAUGCAAUGAAAGACUACAACAGAGCUCGAGUUUACCUGGAUGAGAACUAUAAAUCACAGGAACAUUUCACGUGCAAGUGGUCCAGAAAAGGUUUCAUUCGAACAAGGUGGUGUAUUACUGAUUGUGCCUUUGACUUGGUAAACAUUCAUCUUUUCCAUGAUGCUUCCAAUUUAAUUGCUUGGGAAACAAGCCCAUCGGUUUACUCAGGAAUACGGCAUAAGGCUCUUGGCUAUGUACUUGAUAGAAUUAUUGAUCAGCGAUUUGAGAAAGUUUCAUAUUUUGUCUUUGGAGAUUUCAACUUCAGACUGGAUGCCAAAGCAGUAGUAGAGACACUAUGUGCAAAGGCCACAAUGCAGACCAUCCGGGCAGCUGACACAAAUGAAGUAGUCAAGCUAAUAUUUCGUGAAUCUGAUAAUGACCGAAAGGUUAUGCUGCAAUUAGAAAAGAAGCUCUUUGACUAUUUUAAUCAAGAUGUAUUUAGAGACAACAAUGGCACUGCGCUUUUAGAAUUUGACAGAGAGCUGUCAGUCUUUAAAGACAGAUUGUAUGAACUGGACAUCUCAUUUCCUCCCAGUUAUCCCUACAGUGAGGACUCUAGCCAGGGAAGGCAGUACAUGAACACGAGAUGUCCAGCCUGGUGCGACAGAAUCCUGAUGUCCCAUUCAGCCAAGGAGCUCAUUCUGAAAUCAGAAAAUGAUGAGAAGAUAGUAAUUUAUGACCACAUUGGGCCAAAUGUCUGCAUGGGGGAUCACAAGCCUGUGUUCCUGUCCUUUCGAAUAGCUGCUGGGGCAGGUAAACCUAUUGCAAAUGUGCACAAGUGUUGUGUCGUGCAGUGAUGUGGUGGAAAAAGAUGCCUACGAAGUGAGAAGAUUUUCCGUGAAACCACACUGUAGCCAGGAGGGAAGGCAGCACACUGAAAUCUGUAAUCCUAACAGCUGUAUUGAUAAAUCCAGUCCUGAGUGCCACAUUUUUAGACUGCUGAUCGUACACUAUGCUUCAGCAUCUGGACUCUGUUCAAGAGACGCCUCACAUACCUCACUGUCUUGUAUGUUCAUGCGACAUCAAGUAGAAAUGUGGAAUUAUUUUUUAUAUAUAUGUCACAGUUCUGUUGCCAAAACUCUAAAUAGACAGCAG